AUGUCGUUUGCAAUUGGUGCAACAACUUUAUGUAGGCAAAAAAUCAACUGUGCUGAACCACCCACUUCAGGUCACCCACUAGAGAGGAUCAAGCCUAUGAUUGUAAAUAUUACAUUAGUGCGUGCAUCGCUGCUCUCUGUGGAUGAGCCUUUCCAAACAGUCGACAUGAUAGACUGGAACGAUGCUCGACUUGUGUGGAAUUCAUCCGAUUUUGAUGACAUUGAAGGGUUCUAUAUCAAUCAAAAUCUUAUAUGGAAAGCAGAUAUCGCGGUUUUCAACAGCCGCUCUUUAACUGAUGUAGCUUCUGAUGCGAAGCACGCAUAUGUGAAGAGCAGCGGCGACAUUUCCUUGUUCGUAUACAAUUCGGUCUCAUUCUUGUGUCUUAUGAAUGUUAGAAACUUCCCGUUUGAUGAGCAGGUUUGUUCCAUAGAAUUUGCGUCCUAUACAUUUACAAGCCAAGAGCUGCAACUCAACUGCAUUAUGCCGAAACACUACAACAGCGUUUCUGCCAGUAACAAUGAAUGGAUCAUUGACGCCAUUGAAUCUGAAACGGUUGUACUCCGUGACAGCUCAGAUGGUGAAGACUAUUACAGGGUCAAAUUCAUAUUCGAAAUGCGACGCUUCUCUAUAAUCUACGUUGUUACAAUAAUAUUGCCAUCCUUCGUAUUGACCUUCCUCUGUGUACUUGGGAUGUUUUGGACUAAGUUUGAUAACUCAGACUACUUAACUAGAAUUGGGUGCGGACUUUCGGCCAUUCUUGCAAUGUGCACAGUUCUUCAGAUUGCCGAACAAACCAUACCUAAAACAAGGGAGUUGCCCUCGUUAUCAAUUUAUAUCAUGGUCAAUCUGAUAUUAGUGGCUAUUGCUAUUUCAAUAGUUGUAAUGGCGUCUAAGCAUUACCGCUUCCCAAAAUUCAGCAUGUGUCAUUCUUCAAAAGGAUGGUUUCAUCGAUUGGAUUUUAUGUUCAGCACAGACUUCCGAACACUUUGCCUGUUGAUCUUUCCAGUAGCAACAGUCACAAAUCUACUAAUACUAAUAUAUACGAAGACCAUGUCAUAA